AUGGCAAGUGACACAAUGAUGAAGAAAACAAAGCAUAUUGAAAACAAGGACAGAAUCAGUGAUUUACCUGAUAGUGUUUUACUUCACAUUUUCUCUUUUUUGAAAACAACUCCAUACACUGUUCAAACUUUUAAUUUGUCCAAAAGAUGGAAGAAUCUCUGGAAAAAAUUUUACGUUCUUUUUCUAGAUUCCGAAUGUUUUAACACUCUUGAUGUUUUUACCAAGUUUUUAUCCCAACUUUUGUGUCUUCGCGAUCAAGGAACGGCACUACAUGCUUUCAAAUUGUUUUUGUCUCGACAACAUAUCAUAGAGCCUGGCUUAUUUGAAAGCAUUUUGAAACACACAGUUUCAUAUAAUGUUAAGCACUUAGAACUCUUGGUGAUCAGAUGUAAUAUUCAACACUUCCCGUCUAGCUUAUUAUUAUGUCGCACUUUAACAUCUCUUUACUUUCAUGUUAUCCCUAGUCUUUAUAAUAAACCCAAAAUAUUAUUUCCAAAUUCUCUCAAUUUGCCAUCAUUGACCAACUUGGAUAUAGGAUCUGUCUCCUUUCUUGGUGGAACCGAGCCAUUCUCAACCUGUCCCAAGUUGACGUCGCUGAUGAUUUUUAAUUUCAAUAUUCUAGGUGAACAAAAUCUAUGCAUAUCUAGUACCACACUCGUCAAAUUAACCAUACAAAUACGCUUUAAGCCCGAGAACGGUAACAAAAUUGAGUUAUCUACUCCAAGUCUUCGUACUUUUGCUUUUAUCGGUAGUCCCAUUCAAAUUUUAUAUUUGAGCCACCUUAGUUAUGUUGAGCACAUAGAGGUUAAUGCAUAUUUGUGGAGGCAUCACCUAGAGGCCCCUUCGAUUCUACUUAGCUGGCUGCUUAAGCUUGAUAAAAUCAAAAUUUUUACAGUCUCUUCCAAUAUUCUUCAGGUUUUCUCCUUAGUUCCUGAUUUAUUAAAGGUCAAAUUCCAUUCCUUAUGUAACUUGAAAAAACUAAUCAUAAAAAAGAAACCACUUGAAUAUGGAGUAUACAAGGCGUUGUUAAAAAGCAAAUUAGAACAAGUACCUGCUGCCUCACAGAAAGAAGUUUCUAACUUACGUGAAGCAUUUAUACAAGGAUCUCUAAUCAUACCUAAAGGAAUAGUUAGGUUUUUGCUUCAAAACUCACCUUCGGCGGAAGUUCGUUGUUAUUCAAAUAGGUGA